AUGGAAUUUGCAUGCGCAGGAAAAGCGAUACAGGUCUAUGCAAGAGCAUAUCCGAAGAGCUCAUCCAGAGCAGUAUAUCUCAAAGCUGCCCGCGACGGAGGAGAGCUUCCAGCUUAUGAUCAAUACCCCGCCACACAAACCGCCUCCAUCGACAAACUCCAAUCCAGAGCUCCACGGUCGAGAUUCCUUCCGCUUCGCAAAGCUUGUCAUUAUGGCGACGAUUCCUCCCGCAACACUCCUACCAGGAAUCUGGACGAUCUCCAGUCUGGUCUGAUGCUGCCAGCCGCUAGCGCGGCUGCAGCCCUCGCACAAUUACACAAUCAUAAAUUAGAGAGGGAUUGGGAUUCAGAAGGGGACUGGAUGUCGGAUUCCGAGGCCCACAAACAUGCUAUGCGAUCUUCCAUAGAGCUGCCGCCAAUAUAUGGGAAUAACAUCGAGCCUACGAGUGAACCUAACUCUCAUCUAAACAUGCACCGGCGGAGAGAGCUUUUACCUUCCAUUUUAUCGGCGUCACCUCCUGGUCGAUCAUCCACUCUACCCCCCAUCCAAAGAUCCACACCAAACCGCCCACGAAAACAGUCAGUAUCCAAACGUGCUAGAGAACCGCAACACAAGCGACAGAAAUCCCGAGGCGAAAACGCCCAUUUGAGACGUAUGAGCUAUGAUAGAAAGGCAUACUCGGCCGAGCCUUCUAGCGGACUAUCCGCCACUUAUGGGAAACGAUGGGAAGAUCUGAUCGAUGCCGCCACAUCAGCUACCGAAGAUGUUGACGAGGACAGAACACCCGUCCCCCCAUCUCCUAUUUCAGUCAAUAGGAAUUCCUUGCCACCGUUCUCCGCCUCCCACUUUCAAGGAUAUCAGGCUUCGCCCCUCCAGCAAGCUCUUACUCCACCAUCAAAUCUCCCAGAAGCUCCAGAGCCAUUUCCAUCCGUCGAAAGCGCGGAGAGCGGAGAUAUUUUCAAUAUAGAGUCUCGUGGUCUUGGUCUCUCCGACUCGUCACCCGGCUAUUCAUCCCAGAGUAUACAGAUUUACUGUGCGGCAUGCCAAGGAGUCUCGCUACUUAGAGAAUCAUAUGCAUGUACAGAAUGCAUAUGUGGCAUUUGCCAGGCCUGUGUCGAUGUCCUAAUCGCGGAGCAGGGCGCCCGCAGGAAGUGUCCCAGGUGCGCUACAAUAGGAGGACGUUUCAAACCGUUCCAAUUGGACAUAAGAUAA